GGUAAAAGUUCCACAUACGAAGCAAAGACACAACAAGCAAAGCACAACAAGACCGAGAGAGCGGCAUGGUUGACUCGCGCACAGUGGGCCUCAUUGUGGCCGCAGCCGUAGUGGUCUUCGUGAUCGUCACGGCAUUGAAAGGCAUUCGCAUCAUCAAGGAGAAGGAAGUGAUGGUGAUCGAGCGCUUUGGGCGGUUCAAGACCGUGUUGUCGCCGGGGUGUCACUUUAUCAUUCCGUUCGUGGACCAGCCGCGCGAACAUACGCAAAAGUACGUUGUCAACGUGGCCGAUCGCUUGACGUUGGUGGACAAACCCAAGAUCUUGACCAUCUCGACGCAGAACGAAGUUCUGGAUUUCCCCAAGCAACCUGUGAUCACGCGCGACAACGCCGCCAUCUUCCUCGACGCCGUGCUGCAGUACUCGAUCACCAGCCCCAAGACGUACAUCUACACGGUCAAGAACCUCCCGCAUCUGCUGAGCGUGCUGCUGCAAGCGCAGGUCCGCAACGUCGCGGGGUCGUUGGACGUGGAUCAAAUCAUCGAAGACACCGCCCAGAUGGACCGCGUGUCGGGCCUGAUGGACGCCGCCGCCGUGCAGUACGGCGUGAAGAUCGCCAUGGUGAAGAUCCAACGCGUGGACGCGGGUGCGUUGAGCCAAGUUCUGGCGAAGAAGAAGCAGGCCGAUUUGAACAACAAGGAGAUUAUCAUCCAAGCCAAGGCCAUGAAGCAAACGACAGUCAUCAACUCGGAAGGGAACCGCGAUCGCAUGAUCAAGGAGUCCGAGGGAGAAGCCCAGCAGACCCUUUCGCGUGCACGUGGGGAAGCUCAGGCGAUUGUGAAUGCCGCCACCGCCGAAGCGCGCAGCAUCAAGGAAAUUUCCAAAGUCGUGUCCCGAAGUGGCGAGAACCCGUUGCGGUACCUCCUCGCGCUCAAGUACAUUGACGUCAUGUCGCAAGUUCUGUCGCUCAAGCAGACGGAAGUGCAGCUCAUGCCGUUUGAAACCACGUUCCUCCAGACCAUUCGUGGGCUUGGACUCAACACGGUCGCGCCCAGGGUGGUCUAACUUGUUCCGAGAUCUGUUUUAUAUCGGCAACUUUGCCGCCAUAUAUAUGGUGGUAGCAUAUACUCCGGAGUAAACGCUUGGAAGUUGCAGUUUUUUCGAUGUGUAAAACUAUCGCAAUAUUUCUUUUCUGUUUUUUAUUAUAUUAUUAUUACGGAAAGUCCCAUUGCGACGCCCG